AUGGUAUUAAUGAGACUGAAGUAUUCAUUCAACCGCAACUGGGAGCUACAAGCUACUAAUACGCAAGAUAAUAUCACACCUACAACAUUGAAACAAGGUCGUAAAUCUAAAACUGUAUCAGCGUACAAAAGCAUUGCGUUCAGUGGUCAACAGAAAAAAACUGGGCACGCGUUAGCCACCCUCCCCGCCGCACCGCACCUCGCACUCCCCAACCACCACGCCAGUGCUUUUCCGAUAGCCGCGCCGACCGGUCGUGUUCCUUAUCUGUCGCGAACGCCCGCGCCGCACGCACGUAAAAUGUUACAAGAAAUUCAACUCGUUCAAGGUCAGACGAACUACGUAGUCGUCGCGUCUGGAUAUCCUUCAGCUACGUUAACCAAGACAGCAGUAGAGAAGAGGAAUGUGCCGAUCGCUCCAGCUCCUGAAAAAAAUUACGUCACACAUGAUACUCCGCCAAAUCUACAAUAUAGGAAGAAGGUGCACUUCAGGACCAACCCUUACACUGGACCUCAGGCUGCAUCGAUCGCAAGACGUAACGCUCGCGAACGUAAUCGUGUUAAGCAAGUGAAUGAUGGAUUUAACGCUCUACGCCGACACUUGCCCGCGUCUGUUGUUGCUGCUUUAUCUGGUGGUGCACGAAGAGGAUCGGGAAAAAAAUUAAGCAAAGUUGACACACUGAGAAUGGUAGUAGAAUACAUUAGAUACCUACAACAAUUGCUAGAAGAAAGUGACGCAUCUUUAGGAAUUACCAGAGACCAGGAAAAUAGAGAAAAUAUUCCUAAUGGAAACACACUACAGUCUAUGACAACAAUGGAUAUGGAUGAUGGGUUCUUUUAUGGUGGAGAAUCACCUUGUUCGGAGAAGCCGGACUCACCUGCGCCCUCCGAAUGUUCGUCGGGGGUGUCGUCGGCGUACUCAGCUGAUCGGUACGAGGUCACGGCGGCGACACAACAACAGCUCGGCCCUAUGGACGAGGACGAGUUACUAGAUGUCAUUUCAUGGUGGCAACAGAAAUAA